CAAUUUUUUGAUGGAUACGCACGUGUAGUAGGAGGAUAAUUGCAUAUACACGCAACAAACACACGCAUUGAAAGCUCAAGCAGAAUAGAUUUAAGUUAAAAGCGAGAACGAUGAGUAUACCAUACGAUGAGAGCUUAAUCUGGAUAGUAGUGGUCGGCUUUAUAGUGGCGUUCGUUUUGGCGUUCGGUAUCGGCGCCAAUGAUGUCGCCAACAGCUUCGGGACGAGCGUCGGCGCCGGAGUGCUUACGAUAUUUCAAGCCUGCGCCCUGGCGACCGUCUUUGAGAUCGCUGGUGCCGUUUUGAUAGGAUACAAGGUCUCCGAUACAAUGCGCAAGGGUAUACUGGAUGUCUCAUUGUACGAAGGCCAUGAAAAGGAAUUGAUGCUAGGAGCGUUAUCCAGUCUAGCCGGGUCUGGUAUCUGGCUACUGCUGGCUACCGCAUUACGACUUCCAAUUUCCGGUACGCAUUCCAUUGUUGGUGCUACAGUUGGAUUUUCGCUCGUAUGCCGGGGUACCGCCGGGGUAAAAUGGAUAGCUCUUGGUAACAUAGCAGCGUCCUGGUUUGCCAGCCCCAUACUUAGCGGGAUCGUGUCCGUCAGUAUCUUUUGGAUAAUAAGAAAAACCGUACUCCAAUCUAACAAACCGUUCGAACAAGGUCUUCAUAUUCUUCCUAUAGCGUACGGUUUGACCGUUGCUGUCAAUAUUAUGUCAAUUGCACUUGACGGACCUAAACUACUAAUGAUGGACAAAAUGCCGUGGUGGAUUAGCUUGAUACUCGCGAUACUGGCAGGCACAUUUGCCGCGGUAAUCGUGUACGUGCACGUGGUACCACGACAGAGAGCGAGAAUACUAUUAGGAUCGAAUGGCAGUGACGAGAAGGCAGCAGCAACGACGGCGACGAACUUUGGCCUCUGCCAAGAGAACAACGAGACGACGGCGUUGUCGGUGAUCUCGGAGGCUCCCUGUGGCAGCAGCAACGGUAACGCUAAGGCCGACCUGGCUCCGAAGUUGCGUGGUAAUAGCAGCGAGAGCCCAUUGCUGAUGGUCGCCCAAGCGGACGUGGAGAACGCGCAGAUGGACGGGAUAGCAGAUGAUGAGGCGCAACCGGAAGUAUCGAGAUUAUUCGCCUUUUUGCAAGUUCUCACUGCGAUGUUUGGCAGCUUCGCACACGGUGGCAACGACGUUAGUAACGCGAUCGGGCCGUUGAUCGCGCUCUGGGCGGUAUAUGCAGAGGGCUCGGCCCGACAGGAGGCCGAAACACCCAUACUCAUACUGUUGUACGGCGGCCUAGGUAUUUCUACGGGAUUGUGGGUUUGGGGACGCAGAGUGAUACAGACGCUGGGCCAGGAUCUGGCACGCAUCACUCCCACGACUGGGUUCACUAUAGAGGUGGGUGCCGCGGUGACAGUUCUGUUAGCAAGUAAAAUUGGUCUACCUGUGUCAACGACGCACUGUAAAGUGGGGUCAGUGGUGUGCGUAGGAUGGGCCUCGCGUGGCGGCGAGGGAGUGUCGUGGAAGCUGUUUCGCAAUAUCGCGUUCGCAUGGCUGAUCACCGUGCCGAUGGCCGGAUGUCUGUCUGCCGGUUGCAUGGCCAUUUUUCGCGAGAUAAUUAGUUUGUGAUCUUUUGCAAUUGCAAACGACUUAAGCGCUUUAGACGCAGAAUACCAUCCAAAUACUGCUGUUGUCAAUAAGUUCUGAACAAAUAAAUGGUCAAACAAAGAAAUUUUCACCCGCUUCGUUGCUCACUUUCUCUCAAAGUUUAAGUUUUAA